UAAUCCUGGAGUUAAAAAGACUGGUAUCACCUGGCUGCGAUCAUUGCAAAAAACCGUCGAUACACAAACAGUUCAUGUAUACUUGGAGCUAUCACUUUACAAGGUUUGGAGACACCCAAGGUGGAAGAGAUACACCAGCUGGAAACUGGGAAAAGAUCGGAGAAAAAGUAGAAGGAAAGAACGAAGAGGAAGAGGAAGGCAACGAAAGAGAAGCAUGAACGAAUCAAAUGCUUCUGUCAUGUCGAACACAUCCCAUCAGCAAAGAAAUACUCUCGACAGUACCACGCAGAUUGCCAUGCUAUCAGCCUACUCGAUUAAUUUCACUUUAGCCCUGUCAGGAAACAUUCUCAUUCUUUACAUAGUCAUGACGAAACCCUACAUGAAGUCCACCAUUAACUUCCUGAUUGCCAAUAUGGCUGUUGCGGAUCUCCUAAUGGCCUUGUUCGCGAUGCCUUAUUCUAUGUUUCUAUUAUACUUUGGUAGCUUAUGGUUUGGUGGGCUGAUGGGACAGUUGACGUGUAAGGUCGUCCAAUUUAUCAUAGGCCUAUCGAUUGCUGCUUCCAUCGUUACUCUUAUCGUCAUCUCUCUUGAUCGUUUCUUUGCCAUUGUGUACCCCUUUCGUCGGUCCAGAAUCAUCAAGAAGAUCUCCAUCACCAUCACAGCCAUCUGGUUAACAGCUGCAAUCCUCAUAGGUCCACUUCUCUACAUCUACAAAACAGAGACAGACAACAGUGGUAACUUCCGUUGUAUAGUGUCGUUUGGUGAAGACAUCGUCUACACCUUCCAAACCAUGCGUAUCUACAACACUGUAGUCUUCGCUGUACUCUACUUCGCGCCAUUGGUCCUUAUCGCACUCUUCUACCUUGCUAUCUGCAGAAAGCUUUGGUUGAGAAAGAUUCCUGGGAAUCCAUCUGCGAUGAACUUGAGAACCGCGAACAAGUCCAAGAAGCGAUCCAUCAAGAUGUUGAUCAUCAUUGUUUUUGUGUUUGCAAUUUGUUGGCUUCCAGUCCACAUCAUGCAUUAUUAUAUAUUUUACAGGCAUGAUAUCUAUAAUCGCUUUCCACCCUACGUCUCUUUGGUGGCGUUCUUUGUAUCACACGCCAAUUCUGCCAUCAAUCCCUUUCUCUAUAUCAUAUUGAACAAAAACUUUAUGAAGGCGUUCCUGGACAUUGCCGAGAAGCUGAUGUACUGGAGGCAUUCAAAUGGUAGCAGAGCUAAUACCAGCACAUCAAUGACUAAUCUGUCGAUAGUUGCUAAAGAUCAUCAAGGAUUGUCGUUUGGGGCUUCCUUUGAAGGGAAAUCAGGACAUUAUCAUGUUGACAAGGCUGAUGAUCUACCGAGACCAUUCUUGCAGGUCUCAUUGGUCAAGGCCAGCCAACUGACAAAACUUUGAGCAUUCAAAGGUUCUAAGCUACUCUCUCGGUUUUCAUAUACACCUAUUUCAAAAAACGUUGCCAAAGGCGAUACGAGGCGAUAGGUCAUGAUUCCGAGAUGGAAAUGUUUUYGUCGACUACAAACAACAUUGAAUCAGCCUCAGCACUAAGGUCCAUGUUCUUGACAAGAAUAAGAAGCAGAAACACAAGUCUUUCCAGCUAUUCUCUGUAUCUUGGAAUGAUCUUUCUCUUAUUGCUUUCUGCCUGUGUGUCAAGCAUAUCACCGUCUUGUGGCUUGGAUUCCUCUUUAAAAUUUUGUCGCGGCAAGACUUUGGUCGAAAGCGAUGCGAUGGUCCAUGGAUCUCGCACCCAGGCAGACCAGCAGUGGAAGGAAAUCCAUAAUUUCAACCGUAAUACAACCGUGCUACUAGUAGCUAGGACAGAAACGUUAAUUGAUAGUUUAGUUGAAUUUGAUUAACUUUGUUGAUAGAGAUACUAAAACGAAGUGCGGAUAAAUGGAAAAAAAACAUUUAGGAUAGGUCUGUGUAGAUUUGAAAAAUUCCACAAAAUAUGGACAGAAUUAUUGCGCAGGCAUUGUGUAAUUACCUUGCAUGCUGUCAAAAUUAUUGCACAAUAUCAGCCGUUCCGAGGUCGAGGAAAAACUUUGCCGAGUUGGCAUUGCAGUGCAUUCUGGGGCUGUUUUAGCCUUCCAAUCAGAAGCGCCUACGAUGCAUGCAUGCUAACAUGGUGUCAAACACAUAAUGCGCAAACCAAGAAAAUACUCUAUGAAAAUACUCUUCAUUAUUCUAGUUUAUUUUGUUCAUUUAUUUAUCAAUUUCCCACGUUUGUAACUCAUGACCUGUGUUUACGUUACAUGAAUAAAGACAAUUCCCUUGUUAUUA